AUGUCUGAAGCUCAAGUCACUUUGUACACAUACUUUCGGUCCUCCUGCUCAGCUCGUUUACGCAUUGCACUACACUUGAAAAACAUCCAGUACACACCUGUAUUUGUCAACCUGCUUCGCGAUGAACAGACCACCCCUGCUCAUCGGUCCAUCAACCCGUCCGGCACAGUUCCAGCUCUCAUUGUCCAACGACCGCACCAGGAGCAGCCCCAAGUGAUCAUCACCCAAUCUCUCGCAGCUCUAGAAUACCUCGACGAGGCAUUCCCAAACCAAGGCCCACAGCUUCUCCCGCCUGAUCCUGAAACCCGCGUUCUCGUCCGUACACUCGCCCAGAUUAUCAGCUGCGAUGUUCAGCCCGUGACAAACCUCCGAAUCCUCAAGCGCGUGGCCCCUAUGGGGGCAGACAGGACCGCCUGGUCCAAGGAUUUGAUCGAGGAUGGACUACGUGCGUACGAGACUCUUGCGUCAAGCUCGGCGAGUCGCUUCAGCGUGGGGGAUCAGAUCACCAUGGCAGAUGUUUGUUUGGCGCCUGCUGUCUGGGGCGCGGAGAGAGUAGGGGUGGAUUUGUCGGCGUUUCCGACAAUUCAUCGGAUUGCGCAGAACCUCGAAAAGGAGGAUGCGGUGCAAAAGGGUCAUUGGCAGACGCAGCCCGAUACUCCUGAGGAGCUACGGGCUAAAUGA